CCGUGUGAUAUUUAAAAAAUAUAUGGUUAAUUUAUUAAAUGUCUGUCCGGGCUAUCUUAUAAAAUAACAGAAGAGUCAACUGGACUAACUAGAAGAAAGAAAAAAAGAGGACAAGGAACCAAUUUUCUCGAUCGUUUAUACGCUACUUCCGGAAACAAAGUACCAGUUUACCAUGGUCGUCACUAGUUACCACAGCCACAAAGUCAUAAACCCCGCCUAUUUCUACAAUGUAUUUUCUUAAAAUGUGAUUUUAAACCUAACCCUAACAUUGACCACACUGCUAAGCUCACGACCAACUCCAACCUUAAAUGAAGGCCAAAAAGCAAAUUUUAGUUUUCAUGAAUUUUUACAAUAUAUCCAUUUUGACUUUGUGUUUUGGGUAACUAGUGGAAACCGUUUACCACCCAAUCAGAAAACACUUGCAUUUUAAAAUGUCGAUUACUUUCUGGUUGGCAGCCGGCACCCUUUUUAAUUUCUGUUCUCAUGAUGAAGGUUUAUCAGUGAGUGACUAACCUCGACAUUUGGAAUACGUACUGCUGCUAGCUAGCAAUGCGAGUAACUAUUUUCAGAGGUCAAGGGAGCCAGUAUUGUUGUCAGCUCGACUGAUUACCACACAGCUAGCUAGCUCGCUAGUUAAUGCCUAAUGGGAACCCAAGAAGAUGAGAGAGAUUGGGUGGACGUGGCGAAUGAUAUCCUUAGCAAGUGUCACAUUAACCUGAGACUGAGGAAGGUGACGGACUGUAAUGCCAAUGUUUUUGUCGCCCUGUAUGAGGCCAUCUUGGGGGAGAAAGUCCCAGACUACAUCACCGCCCCGGGCAGUCAGGAGGAUGAUGUCCACAACAUCCAGUCUGUGAUCGACUCUCUGGCUCUAGAUUACCUUCAGAUCAGCCUUUCACACAUCUCAGGCGAGAACAUUGUACGAGGGGACAAGGAGUCCAUCAAGAACCUGUUGGAGAUCUUUGACGGGCUGCUUGAGUACCUCACCGAGCAGAUCAGUGAAGAGGAGUCGCAAAAUGGAGACAAGGAACCAAACGGUGUUCCUGUGGAGGAUGCCCCCCUCCCUACAGGGCCAGUGGUCCCCCAGACAGAGGAACAGAUGUCCCUAAUGGAGAGAGCCUCCCAGUAUUCUAGUGUGCACUCUGCCGUCCAGUCUAGCAGCAAACAUUCCCUCCACUCUUGGAAUGCGGAGGAGACGGGCUCGACCAAUGAGCUUAUCCUCCUGGGAGACUCCGCCCGCACGUUCACGGCCAAACAAGAAGUGGAAGCCUCUUCACAAGCUUCGGGCCCCAGCACCACGGGUGCUCCGGGAACCCCAGGCACCCAGGCCACUCUACUGAGGGAGCCCCUGCGCUCGGCCAUCCACCUGCAGCCCCCCUACCAGACUACCCCCCACAGGCCCGACAGAGCUCCCCGCUCGGGUAGCCAGUCUCCCCCAGCCAACGGUCUGGGCAGCGGGGCCGCAGUGGAGCAGGAGGCUCCCGCUGGCACCUCGGAGUCCCCAAGGCCAGUGGCUGACACAGUUACCAAUGGAGUGCGCUCGCCAGCCUUCAACCACUCACCCGUGGAGAGUGAGAAGUCUGUGUCCAGUCAAACCAAGGCCAGGCUAGAGGAGGCCAAGGAGCAGCCGGAGCCUACCAGUGUGGGGCCCAGGAGGGUUCUAUUCCGGACACAGCCAGACAUUCAUUUCCUCACCCGGCAGGAUGAGCUGGAGGACAGGGCACCACUGGACACUGAGGAAGAAGUUGAGGAAGAGACCUUCACGCAGCAGGACAGCUGGGCUCACAGGGGGCGGACGGGGAUCAGCAGUAGCAGGGUACUAGAGGAGGAGGAUUGUGAGGAGCUUCUCUCCUGGCGUAGACAGAGAAACAGGAAGGCAGAACGGGAGCUGCACCACAUGUCUGAGAAGCUGUCCCGACGACUAGAGGAGCUGGACCUGAUGUUAAAGAGAGCGCUAGGAGAGAGCGGAGAGCCCGACGAGGUCAAGGAGGAAGACAAACAGUCCCACCACAGUGACAGUGUCAUGGAGUGUCGCAGGCCCCCAAGGAGGACAACGGGUACGCCGCGAGCACCCACAUCCCCCUGUACCCGCUCCGUGUCCCCCUCCCCUCCCAGGGCCCGCCGCUCCCUUUCAGGUCAGCUAGAGGGAGCCGUGAGAGAGGCGGUGAGUGGAGGGGUCACACAGAGACACACCCGUACGCGCCAACGACAACUCCGCCAUCUACAGCCUCAACACAAACACCGCCAGCUGGAAAAAGCCUAUGAGGAGGAGCUGAAAGUGUACGAGGACAGAGAACGGGCUGCUAUGGCCAAGGAACGAACCAGAGCGCAGGAGGCGGAGAGGGAGUACAGAGAGGCCAUACUGAGAGAUGUUCCCCGAACCACCAAACCGUCCCAGGUGUACACCACAGCAGCCCGACACCGCUCCCCUAGGACCAGACAACCAACUCCGGGCCGCAGGCGACAGGACAAAACCAGGAGAGCCCCACCAAUGAAGGUGAAGGACAACGACCUGCUCCCCCUGCUCCUGGAGGAGUUCCCCCACCUGCACCUCUCUCCCCACGCCCUGGGCAGGAUGUGGCAGCAGCAGCUGGGCCAGGUGGACCGCCUCAACGCCUCCCUCUCCCUGGACAGCCAGAGGCAGGGGCCACGCACUAAACUCACCAGCCAGGUGGAAGAGGCUCAGAGGAGACAUGACCUGCUUGGGGAGAUCAUCCGCAAAGAGCAAGAACACAACAGACGCCUGAGGGAUUUUAAGGAGCGUAUCCAGCAACAGAAGUCGACUCAGAACCGUCUGAAGGAGCAGAGGCAGCAGAUCGCCCGGGCCAAGAAGUACCACGGUGACUACCACGUCCAGCUCCGCGCACGCAUGAUGAGGGCCCGCACGAAAGAGGAGAGGAUGUUUAAGCAGGUGUUUGAGGAGGGCUUGGAGGUGCAGAAGGCUCGUCUCCGAGAGCAGAGGGCCUACGCCAAGGACCAGCGCCAGGAGCACCAGAACAAACACAGAGACCAGAUCCAAUCUAUGGAGAACUAUUACAAGGACCAGUUUUCAUUAUUGGCCGAAACUCUCGCUAUAGAGAGACAGGAUAUCCAAGUACGGAAGAAGGCCCAAGAAAAGGCCCUUCAGAAGAUGAAGCGAGAGCUGCGCUCCAAGAUGGAGAGGGAGAUAGGCGAGCUGCAGAAGAUUAUCGUCCAGAACGACGACGACGACUACUUCCACGACCUGGAGGUUCAAAGGUUACGGGGUCGCGUGCAAAUGGCUUCCUUCCAGUACAACACCAGCUGUCUGCACUGACCCCGCUAACGAGCUAGCAAUCUAUAGCUACCUACCGCUAACUUUCCUCCGGCUGCUAAAAAACAAACUGCAAAGUCUCUAAAACCCACGGAUCGGAGUGCUACUCUUCGAUUUGUUUUAAAUACUUGAUUAUUUAAGAAUGUUAAAAAAAAAAUGCCUCCCUCACUGUGUAUUUUGUGUGCUGUCGUUUUGAUUUUGUCAUGUGGCAAUGUGUAGUCCAGUCUUCCGCAGCCAAACGGGACCAUUGUGAAAAUUGGAUGCAACACUAAUUAUGAAUGUCAUGCCAGGACAAGAUUCUUUCCCCCUCUUCCUUUUAAUGGUAUGCAGGAUUUGUCUCCCGUAGCAUUUUUUUUUAACAAUGUUGAUGAAUGAUUUAUUUGAUUGUACUGUAAAUGACCUAUUAGUCCGGUUUUUAGGUUAUUGAACUAACCCGCUACGCUUUUCCAACACCAGAGAGUGUUGAUAAUCAGAAUUCGGUAAAAGUUCCCUUUGCCAGUAAACUACCGCACUAACAAACAAAUCGGACGGUUAAAAAGACAUCCUAAGUUUACGAGGCCAGGUAGCAUGAGAAUAGGGUUUAUGGGGCUGAUUUCAUAAUCAGGAAAUGUAUGCCUUUCCUCUGCACUUCUCAGUAGUUGGUAUGGAGGCGUAUAAGGUCGUCUGCGGGAGCGGUUCCAUUGCACACUGCAUACGUUUGAAUUAAACCCCAGACAGCACACCCACUGGGUGGCCUACCAAUUUGA